AUGGCGCCAAACCCCAAGGUCACCGAGGCCCUCUCGCGUGCCGCGUCCGCCGCCGGCGAAAAGGGCCCGCUCUACGAACAGCUCCUCGCCGAGAUCAAGACGCUCUCGUCCCCCGCCUCCGCAACCGACGACCUCAACGCCGUCGUCGACUCCUUCUUCGGUCAGGGCCUCGGCGUCGUGGCCACGCGCUCCGUCCUGAAUGCCUUCGUCGCCACCCUCAAGGGGCUCAAGAACGAGGACAUGUGGAUCGAGGUCGGCAACCGCACGCUCGACAUGCUCUCCGCCCAGCCCUCGUCGUCGUCCUUCCUCGACGCCGGCGCCACCCUCCGCGAGCUCAUCGCCACCGCCCACGAGAACAACGAGGACUUCCUCGACGCCGCCAAGACGCUGGCCGACAUCCCCCUCGACAGCUCGCAGCGCAAAAUCACCGACGAGGAAAAGGCCCGCACCUGGGUCCGCAUCGUCCGCAACUACCUCGAGGUGGACGACUCCACCGCCGCCGAGAUGUACAUCAACAAGCUCAAGAACAUUAUGCACAACGUGCCCGACCAGGACUUGACCCUGCACUUCAAGCUCUCCCAGGCCCGCAUCCAGGAUGCCAAGCGAGACUUCUUGUCGGCCUCGCAGCGAUAUCACGAGAUCAGCAUCUCCCCCGCCAUUUCCGAGGAGGAGCGCUUGCACACCCUUAGCAUGGCCGUCAAGUGCGCAGUUCUAGCCCCGGCCGGUCCCAUGCGGAGUCGCACCUUGGGACGACUGUAUAAAGAUGAGCGGUCGGUGCAGCUGGACGAGUUUGGCAUCCUCGAGAAGAUGUUCCUCGACCGCCUGCUGUCACCAGAAGAAGUUGACAAGUUCGCCGAGGGCCUGCAACCGCACCAGCUGGCCACCACUUCAGACGGCUCAACGGUACUCGCCAAGGCCGUCGUCGAACAUAACCUCUUGGGAGCCUCCAGGCUGUACAGCAACAUCCUCUUCGAGGCCCUUGGGGUGCUCCUGGGCCUAGAUGCCGACAAGGCCGAGGAGACCACGGCACGGAUGAUUGAGCAGGGCCGCUUAGUAGGCCGUAUGGACCAGCUGGACGGCAUCGUCUGGUUCGAGGGCGGUGAGGCAUCCGGUGAGAGGGGCAGCGGCCGAGCAGAGGUGAUUGUGGGCAAGGAGAUGCGCAAGUGGGACGCCAAUGUCGAGAGCUUGGCAGAGGAAGUAGAGAAUGUCACCAACGCAUUGCAAAAGGAGUUUCCCGAAUUCGUGGCCGCAAAUCUUGCCGUAUGA